GGUUGAAACAGUGUUCAAGGUCACUAACAAGGACUUUAGUGUUCAGCUGCUAAACAAAUCCUCGACAGUCUUCCAAAACCUGCAACAAAUUAUCAGAUCAGAGCUGUCUUCGCUGUUUUCAAGUGAAAUAAGUAAUAUUCAAGUUGUGCAAGUCAGGGCUGGAAGUGUACAAGCUACAACAGAAUUUGAUGUUAUGAAAAUAAGCUCUGUCUCGAAUGUCAACAGCACACUUAAAGACAAAAUACAUUUAGGGGUUUUGGGUAGCUUAAAAUUUGACAAAACGACAUAUUCGUUCAACAUUAAAGGUGUAGGCUGCCGUCCACCAAACGUAGCUAUCACUAACUUAGCAGUUUUCCCUAAUACACCGACCCGGAUUAACCGUUCAGAGGGGUUUAUAGUACAAACAGAUGUUAAGAUGAACUGCAAUAGUUCCAGUAGUACAUCUUUUUUAUGGAAUGUUUGGCAGCUUAAAGCACUUGGAAGCGAUUAUGUACUGGUUUCUCCUGGUACACCUGCUUUAUAUCUCAGAGGAACUGCCGAGUUGAAUAUUAAAAAGCGUACCUUCAAGUAUGGAUCGUACUUAGUUGAGUUUCGCGUUUCGAUGAAAAAUAUUCAAGACAAUUUUUUCAACUCUGACCUCAGGUUCUUUGAAAUUACAGAAACUCCUAUUGUUGCAGGAAUAAUAGGUGGUUCUCAUGUCAAACGUGGCUACGGUCAAGACGUGAAAAUUGAUGCAUCAGCUUCCUACGAUCCUGAUGUUGAAUUUGGUGACUUUUCUGGAAUUACAUUUACAUGGCUAUGCAAGAAAAAGGGAGAAAGCUUUCCUUCCGAACCUGCAAGCAUGUCCGUUGUUUUCCCUCUUGGACCCAAGGGUAAAGGUGGAUGUUUUGAUACCGGUAUUGGUAAACUAAACAGUAACGAACGUGUUGUUACUAUAGACACUCGUAAAAUGUCGGUUAAUAAUUCGUAUGUUAUCAGACUUUUUGUAUCAAAAGCAACCGGCAGAGAAGACUCCUUUGACCAAAUACUAGAUGUCGUGGAAGGAGAUCCACUGCAAAUAUCAAUAAGCUGCCGAAUCAACUGUGCAUCAAAAGUCAAUCCUUCAUCUCGCAUCAAAGUCAUAACCAAUUGUAGUGCACCAACAGAAGCUUGUAGUAAGCAACUUCGUUAUCAGUGGUCGUUAAAAAAGAAAGGCGGAAAGGAUUCUUGGAUAGAUGUAUCAAACUUACAAGAUAAAUUUUCUACACCCCUUACCUCAUCUGACGCAGUUAUUAAGGAAGGCGUCCUUGAUCCUGAUCAAACAUUCAUGUUAACCGUCAACGUUAAUGUAGAUGACAUCGGAGUUGUUCCUGGAAUAUCUUCCUACAUAUUCAAAACAAACUCGCCCCCUAUGAAGGGAAGUUGCAGCAUUUCGCCACUUUCAGGGACCGGUCUUGAGACUCAAUUCGAGUUUGCCUGUCAGAACUGGCAGGAUGAUGAUAAGCCUUUGACGUAUCAAUUCUACUACGUGACUGCACCGGGAUUGACAAGUGUCAUUUCAUAUGGACAUGACCAACAAGUAAAAAGCAAGCUUCCUGUUGGCAAAAAAGAAGAUGGCUACAUAAUCACGAUAACAUUUCUUAUUAUAGACUCGUUUUCGGCUUUUACGAAGAAUGAAAUAAAGGUCAAGGUUGAACCAAUUAAACCUGGAGGCAGCAACAACAUAAAAACGGCUGUGGAUGAAGCGUCGAGUAACGUAGAGACGUUGCUUAAAACUGGUGAUGUAAAGAUGGCAACCCAAUUAGCUAACGCAGCUCUUGAAACAAUGUCAAAUGCCAACCAAAGUGAAAUUGAUGAGAAAGAAAAAACUAAGCUGAUUGAUAGAAUAAUAAAUCAAAUGACCUUAAACGUCAAAGUUGAAAACCUUCAAACUUUAACUCAGAUCACAUCGGUCAUCGGCCGCGCAACARCAAACCCCGAUGAAGUUUCUUUAGAAACACAGAAUGAAACCAUCAAGUCAUUAAAGGAGAUGACUUAUCUUUUGGUUGAAAAGUCAAAGGACCAAAGUGCUGCAGAAGACAAUCUAAUAGACGCUAGCGGUGAAAACCUUGCACUGAGUCUUGGCAACAUGAUGAAAUCGGCUUCUAAGAAAGCAGACGUAAACAAAGAAAAGCAUGAUUCCAAACAGCUCAAACAGAACAUUGAUGUUACGGAGGACGCAGUACUUCUUGUAGACAAUGUUGGAAAAAGUCUGUUGAAGAGAAAGGUCAUUGGUGAAAGCCUCAGCGUAGUUAGGACAUCAUCAUUAUCGAUGGUUCUCGGGAGACAAAAACCUCAAGAUGUGAAAGCCAUGAAAAUAGAAGAAGGAGGAACAAGUUUUGUGUUACCACCUGGCAAUGUUCUUGAUUCAGCCGUAGCAAAUUUUAAAUUUAUCGAUUGUCAGAUGACAUACACAAAGUUCAAUCCUUUUACAUGGGACAGCUCAGUAAAUCUUGCAGAUUCAAAGGUUUCAAGCCUAGUAUUAAGGAAUGACCAGGGUGGUGAUAUAACUAUUCACCAACUGGCAGAAGAUAUACAAAUUUCAAUCCCACGGUCAUAUCCUUCAACUAGCCCUUUACCUCAGGAACAUUCUUUCUUAAAACCAAACCAAAUACGAAAUUAUAAGUUUUUGGUCGACUAUCCAGGCAAAGCAUUGGAGCUUCAGAUCUUCACGGUUCAGAAUUCGCCAAUAAAGAUUCUCGUGAAACGUUCGAACAAACCAUCAAAAAGUAACAAAGACUUUAUGGAACUCGUUUCCGAUCUUCCACGUUGUUUACCAGAUCGAAUUUUCAAGGCGUGUAAAAAGGAAAAUGGUGGCAUAUUUUUGUCAUCACUCUUACUUGAAAAACAAGGUGUAUACUACGUAGGAAUUUUGUUAGAUAGCAAUCCACAUUCACGAAAAAAACGUUCCUGUUUUGGUCAUGGACGUCAGAAACGAUCUUGUGUUGAGCCCAAAGAUGCGCCAAAACCGGAAAACAUGACAGUUAUUCCUCGAUACGACCCCAAAACUGAUGUUAACUACUCGGUAUCUACUCAGCAAUAUACCUGUUUGUUUUGGGAUAAAACAAAGUGGACAAGCAAAGGYUGCAAGGCAGGAUCCAACUCCAGUUUGGAAGCACUUCAUUGUCUUUGCAACCAUUUGACAUCAUUUGGCGGAAGUCUGUUAGUUGCACCUAAUCCUAUCGAUUUUGAUGUGGUCUUGCUCGAGCUUUUAAGACUCGACGAGACAGGAAAUGUUGCAGUAUUGAGCACUAUUGUGGUUUUUCUUUUAAUCUAUCUGGUGACUGCUGUCAUCGCUAGACGAGAAGAUCGACGUGACACAACAAAGUUUGGUCCACCAUUACAAGUGAAUGUAAAUGAGAGUGCUGGAUACAACUACGAGAUGACUGUUAUCACAGGUAUAUGGAGAAAUUGUGGGACAACUGCCAACGUAGUCAUAGAAAUACAGGGAAACCAAGCGAAAAGUAAUGGUAUUAUUUUAUCGAGAGACAUGGAACCGUCGCGUCUUAUGUUAGCAAGUGGCAAUGCAGACAAAUUCAUUAUCACCUUACCUGAAUGCUUGGGUUCUAUUGAUUAUCUGAACGUUUGGCAUGACAAUAGUGGAUCAAGCCCUUCUUGGUUCUUGGAGGAAAUUAUCAUUAAAGACAUACAAAGGGACAUUUCGUGGCUAUUUUUGCACAGGGAUUGGUUUGCUCUAGAAAAAGGAGAUGGAAGAAUAAAUAAGGUGCUUCUCCCGACAUCACCAUUACAAAUGCAAUCAUUUCAGUAUAAGUUUAAUUAUCAAACUUCUAAAAAAAUUACCGAAGAUCAUAUCUGGUUGUCCGUGUUUACUAAACCCCCACACAGUAACUUUACACGUCUUCAAAGAGCUACGUGUUGCUUAUGUGUAUUGUUCUCUACGAUGGUUGUGAACGCAAUGUUUUAUAAGCUUGAAAAAACCCCAGAUCCCGGAGUGCAGAUAGGUCCGUUGAAAUUCAACUCAAGGCAAAUAGUUGUUGGGGUCUACAGCAGUUUGAUCGUUGUUCCUGUUGGAUUAUUAAUUGUAUUCAUGUUUCGGAACAGUCGUACAAAAAAUGCUGUGAGGAAACAUAGAAGUACGGGAUUUAAACAAAUGAUAUAUAACUAUAUAUGCUGUGAUAUUGGUGGCUGUACUGAAAACAAGAUUGACCGAGUAUAUGACAAGAAGGAAUGCUUAGUAACAAGUGAUCAAAUAAGCCAUUUUGAAACAGAUGAAUUUGAAACGAAUUAUGAUAAUAAUGCGUGUGAAACAGGUAUUCGUGAUGAUACAAGAACGGCCAGUUCCGUCAUUUUACAACAACCUCUAUUUUCGGAAAAUGAACAAAACAUUACAUGUUUUUCAUCCGAGGAUUGGAGAGGUAAGAAACAAGCUGAUGGAAGCCAAGAAUAUAAAACGUUCGUAGCUGGUAUCAACAAUAAAAAUUCAUCUGAAAUGACCAUUUUGAGAGAGAAUGAUUCUCCUAAAUCCCGAAGACCCAGCAUCAAUUAUAAAAUCGAUAAACAGGACUGCACAUCACUUAUGACCGAAGGUACGGCAGUAGUCACUUUAAAUGAAGAACGAAUACUUGAACAGGAAGAUCACCUGACUUCCAGCACAACAGUCAAAUCAUCGUACAAUGAUUUAGCUCGAAACAUUUUCUUUUUUAAACAGAAGUCAGUGAAAGACCGCUUUUGGUUACCACAUGGUUUUAUUUAUGUCUCAUGGCUGCUGUGCUUUGUAACAAUUCUUGUUUCGGCAUCCUUUACGUUUAUAUACAGUCUGCAAUGGGGCAAGGAUAUUGCAAAUCGUUGGCUUUCUUCGAUGCUUGUGUCAUUUACUGAAGAUCUAUUUGUCGUUCAACCCGUUAAAAUAUGCAUAACUGCAGUCUUUAUGGCCAUAUUUUUUCAAAAUAAAAACAAGACAAACGAAUCCAGCGGAAAAAUAUCAACAAAGUCCUCAAGAACAACUCAAGUUGCUUCUAAGACUCAUAUGGAAAGGAAUGAUACGAAAUUUCCAGAGGAGAGUGAGCUCAAAAAAGCAAAGGACUACCAAGUAAAGGAGGAAAAGAUGUUUUCAUUUGUACGCGAAGCCUUCUUAUUCGGUGCAUUCCUAACGCUUCUGACAAUAGUUUGCUAUGGCAACCGCAGUUACUUUGGUUACGAAAUGACUAAAACAGUGAAAAACGAGUUCAGCAACUUUUCAAAGCUAACGACGUCAGAAAAAUACUGGGAAUGGAUCAAAACGCAAUAUGCUGAAAGCGCUUAUGCAGGCCAGUGGUACAAUAGUGCACCUGAACCAAAAGAAGUGUACAUUGGAAAUAAAAGGUCAAUUCUUAUAGGAAUGCCUCGAAUUCGCCAACUUAGAAUCAAACCAGAAAGCUGUGUCAUUCCCAAGAAAGCAAAAACUAUUACCUCUACUUGCUACGGCAGAUAUUCUUUUAAAGAAGAAGAAAAAAACCCAUUAUUUCUUCCUGGAUGGAUACCUUUCCAUAACGAAGACGGUCUUAAAUCAUGGACCAAUGUAUCUCAGCUAUGUCCAAAACCAUGGCGUUACAGUGCAGCCAAUGUGGAUUUGCCCUCUUGGGGUUACUUUCACACAUACAGUAGAGGAGGUUACUCAGCAGAUUUGGGAUAUAAUAACGAAACCGCUAAUUUUGUCACAAGUCCCUUACGCACGAAUAAGUGGAUUGAUCCGAGAACUCGGGCAUUACUGCUCGAAUUAUCAAUAUUCAAUCCCAGCACGAAUCAGUUAAGUGCGAUAACAUUAUAUUAUGAAGCUCUUCCUACAACAUUUGGACACCCCUUUCAAGUAGUCGAAACAAUUGCCCUUUAUGGAACGGAAUCUGCUUCAUACGAUUUUUUUCUAAUAAGCAAGUUACUGUUUAUAUUCCUCGUAAUAUUUUACUUGGCACGCGAGGCAAGAAAGGCAUUCAAAAUGAAACGGAAUUACUUCAAUAGUUUUUGGAACUUGCUUGAAAUAAUUCAAGUGCUUGUCGCAUGUAGUGUUGUGGUUUGUUACGUCAUCAAAGAAAAGAUGCUUCUGGAAGCCGUUCAACACGUAAAAGAAAACCCCUACUUGACAGUGAACUUUCAGCCUGCCCUCGCAUGGAAGAACGCUGAAGAUGCUGCACUUUCAUUGGCUGUCUUUAUUGCAACCGUAAAAAUUCUACGUAUGCUACGUUUUAAUCCUCACAUAAUCAUCUUUUCCGCUUCCUUAAAAUCUGCCAGAGAAACUCUUCUUGUCUACUCGGUCAUCCUUUUUGUCGUCAUGGUUUCAUUUGCCUUGGUUGGAUGUUUAACUUUAGGUAGUUCAAUGUAUCAGUAUCACACUAUGUUACAGGCUUUUUAUUCACAGCUAUUGAAGUCACUUGGGGCAAAAAUGGACUUGGAUACAAUGAGGAAUAACCUUCCAAUCCUAGGUCCCCUCUUUGGCUUUGGCUACAAAGUGCUGAUGACAUUCUUAUUUGUAAAUUUUUACAUAUCUGUUCUAAAUGAUUCUUAUACAGAAGUGAAGUCAAACACAGACACAAACUCAAAAGAAUUCGAAAUGUCAGAUUUUAUACUAGAACGGCUAAAGGAAAUAAUUUUUGCCAAAUCUUAUACAAUUAACCCCCAAGAGGAAGAAAGUCCUAAAACCAAUGACACUACAACUCAAAAAAAUUUAGAUGCGGUAGAACCAGCCCUUAUAAAAAUUGGAAAAGAAGCGUCGAAACAGGCACAUCCAGAUGCAAGAAGCAGGGAUAGAAACGUUAGUUUCAAUGUUCCGCCUGAAGGAUGUGGGCUUGCCUCAGGGAAAACUACUUUAAAGGAACAAAAGGCUAAUAGUGGCACAGAAGAUGGUUUAGGAAGAGCAAAACAAAAUACGUACAGAAUGCGAAGGGCCCUGAGGCACAAGAAAGAAAAACAUCUUUGUUAUUUUCUUGAAAAGACAUCAAGCGUCGAUGCCAAUGAAAUGGAGAAACGAACAAACGCACACCAAAAUUUAAAGCAGAAAGGUACAUCAUACGAAAAAGAAAUGUAUCGAGACCUCGAGGGAAAAUGUGCCGAGAUUAAGGGGCGAACGAAUUCAUUGAGAAAAGAAGAAAAAGCGGAAGACAUGGAGUUCAUCCAACUUUUAUUAUGCCUUUUGUCAAAACAUCUCGUUCAGUCCGUUCAAACAAUGCCACUAAGCGGAAAUGUUUCAGAGAUCCAAGAGGAAAUGGAAGGUUACAGCCCUGAUUGGGUCAGCAGUUCAAGCUCAUGCAGCGAGCAUUCCGUUGAAUAUGAAAAUUGGGAGACAUAUGAAAGUGACACUGAACUAAUACAAGAAGAGCUGUGGGGAAGUACUUCAAAUCUACUAAGGAAUUUGAUCCUCCGGAAAAAAACUAUUCCAGAACAUUUGAGAUUUAAGAACACCUUGCAAAAUGAAGAUCAUGUCUCUAGCACUAGCAUAACAACGAAAAAACAACCUUGGCGACCAUAAGGGCAAACAAUACCUCUUGUCAGUCAAAAUAAGAGAAAGCAAUUGCCUGCUUUAUCUCUGACUGUAAUAGUAUGAGAUUUUCUA